AUGGCGAGCUUAUUGGGAGCGAUUCUGAAGCACCCAGAAGAAAUAUACCCAAUGUUGAAGAUGAAGAUGGUGAUAAGGAAAGCAGAGAAGGUCAUUCCUGAUCAGAAACCACAUUGGGUUUUCUGCUACACCAUUCUUCACAAGGUCGCUCGAAGUUUUGCCCUCACCAUUCAGCACCUUGAUUCCCAGCUUCGUGAUUCUAUACUCGUAUUUUAUUUGGUUCUAAGAGCCUUGGAUACCGUCGAGGACGAUACAAGUUUGCCUUCAAAAGUGAGAAUACCUAUUUUGGAAACAUUCCAUCUCCGCAUAGCUGAUCCCCGCUGGAGUUUUUCAUGUGGAACCGGAGAUUGUAAGAUUCUUAUGGAGCAAUUUCAUCAUGUUAGAACGGCCUUCCUUGAGCUUAAAAGAAGUCAUCAGGAUGUGAUUAGGGAAGUUACCAGACAGAUGGGAGCUGGAAUGGCAAAAUUUAUUUGCAAGGAGAUAGAGACAAUAGAAGAUCUGAAUGAGUAUGCUCAUUACGUAGCAGGGUUGGUAGGGUUAGGACUUUCUAAGCUCUUUUAUGCUUCUGGGACAGAGGAUUUAGCUCCUGAAUCUCUUUCCAAUUCAAUGGGUUUCCUUCACUCCUUCAGGUAUAUAAAUAUAUAUAUAUAUAUAUAUAAUGCAAAUAUCAUUCGUGAUUAUUUGGAAGAUAUUAAUGAGAUACCAAUGCCACGCACCUUUUGGCCUCGCCAAGUUUGGAGUAAAUAUGUGCACAAACUCGAGGACCUGAAAGAGGAGAACAACUCGAAGAAGGCGUUGCAGUGUUUGAACGAAAUGGUCACAAAUGCUUUGGUUCACGUACCACAUUGUCUCAGAUACCUGUCUGCUUUGAGAGAUCCUGCUAUUUUCAGAUUCUGUGCUGUUCCUCAGGUCGUGGCCAUUGGAACCCUCGCUUUGUGCUACAACAACAUUGAUGUUUUCAGAGUUGCUUUGAAAUUGAGACGCGGUCUGACGGCUAAACUCAUCCACCAAACAAGAACAAUGUCGGAUGUCUAUGAUGCUUUUUCACAAUUCACUUCCAUUAUGAAAGCUAAGGUUGAGCCGGACGAUCCUAGUGCCUCAACUACGCUGAGCAGGAUAGAAGCAAUUCAGCAAAUUUGCAAGCAACAGAAUUCUAAAACUCCAAAACAACAAAGGGAACAUUGCAAGGUCAACAAAGAGUUAGGAUAUCAUUCACCGCAGGGGGUUGCAAUAUAUGUUGCCAUAUGCUUGGCAUUUGCAUAUUUAUACUCCAGCGUGCUCAAUAUAUACUGUAAGUUCAUUCAUUCUCAUUGGAGACUUGUUGUCUUCUUAAGCCCAUUUACAAAGCCCUGA